UGGGUGCUGCCCGUGAGCGUUUACGUGUGUUCUCAUUUGUCACUCAGAAACAAACGUGGCAAAGUGAUUAAACCUCUGCAGUAUCAAUCGACAGUGGCACCAGGCACUGUUGCGAGAGUGGAGCCCAGUAUUAAGUGGUUUGGAAACACUCGUGUGAUCAAGCAAUCAUCCUUGCAGAAAUUUCAGGAAGAAAUGGAAACUGUCAUGAAAGAUCCUUACAGAGUGGUGAUGAAGCAAAGCAAGUUGCCAAUGUCCCUCUUCCAUGACCGGAUCAAACCUCAUACCUCCAGAGUUCACAUUCUUGACACAGAAACAUUUGAAACAACAUUUGGCCCCAAAUCGCAGAGGAAGAAACCAACUCUUUCUGCAAGUGAUGUGCAGUCUCUGCUGGAGAAUGCAGAAGCCUCAACAGAAACUUAUGAUCAGGACAAAGACCGGGACCUCGUGACAGAAGACACUGGUGUAAGGGAUGAAGCACAAGAAGAAAUAUUUGUUCCUAUGUAUUUAUG